AUGCAGUUCGUGUUUGCGAUUGUGAUCUCAGUUGUGGUGCUGCUCCAUGGUGUAGCCUAUGGAGGUGAUAACCCUUGCGUCAAUGGACCGCCAGUGAAUAAGAAUCCGGCAGAAUGUUGCGAAACCCCAAUGCUACUGGAUAAGGAAAUUAUGAUGGACUGCUACAAGCAAUAUGGAGAGCAAACAAAACGUCAGAUGAAAAUGGAAGGCAUUCCACGCGGUUGUUGCAUUGCAGAAUGCGGUUUAAACGCCACCGGACUUUAUUCAAACGGAAUGAUCCACCGGGACGAUAUGACUAAAAUGUUUAUGGAUGUGGUCAAAGACAUGCCACAGUGGCAAACGUUAGUACGAGAUACCCUCGAUGAUUGCUUCAAAAUGGCAGAAUCAAUGAUGGAUCAAAUUGAAGCCGGUGCCAAGCUGGAGUCGAGCUUUGAAGGAGAGAAAAUUUGCCACCCGAUCUCCGGAACAAUCUUACGGUGCAUGGGAAUGAAUAUGUUUGCCAAGUGUCCAGCCGGAGUGUACAAGGAAAGCGAUGAAUGCAACCAACUGCGAGAGUAUUCGAAAAUGUGCCCAAUUAUCUAACAACGAAUGCAUAUUGGAGCGGAAUAGUACAAAUUGUUAGAAUCUCUUUAGGACUCAGGCU